GCAGCCACCCGCCGAACUCGGUUUCUCGCAGACCAAAUUCCCUCUCCAACCUCUUGUCUGUUUCUUUUCCCCCCCGCAAGCACGGAGAAAAAUGGCCCCGUGGUGGCUCUGCUUGCUCCUCUUUGCCGGUCUCUCAAAAACGUCUCUCCAGGAAGAUCUGGAGGGCUAUUCCUUCGUCUUCUCCCACAAAGGCUACGUCACCUUGGAGAUGGAGCAGCCUCAUGACCUUCUCCAGAACAUCACCAUCUGCCUCUGUUCUUUCUCCGACUCGCCGUCCAAACAGGCCCUGUUCUCCUACGCCACCAAAGACCAAGACAAGGAAAUCUUGAUUUAUAAGGUUCAUGGCCUGGAUGGCUUUUGGUGGUACACCGUCUACAUCGGUGGCGUUCCUCAGCGCUUCCGAGUCCCGGAUGCCUACCAAGACUGGCAGCGGAUCUGCAUCAAAUGGGCAUCGGAGUCAGGUGUCCUCACCUUUGAGUUCAAUGGAAGGAAGUUGGCCAGGAAGGUGGUGCGUCAAGGUUACUUCAUCAGACCCCACGCUUUGGUCCAGCUUGGGCGAGCCCAUCAUGAGGACAUCUUCUUCCAGGGAGAGAUCCAGCAAGUAUACAUGUGGAACUAUACUGUGAAUGACUUCUCUAGUUACAAUCCAUCCAUGAUCGGAUGGAACCACCUGAGCUAUGAAACUCAAGGCAACGUGGUUCUGGAUUCCUUUUACUGGCCAUCAGGCACCUGUUAGAUGUAAAUCUGCACCUCGUCUCUUACUCCGGUCGUCUUUGGUCCUUCAAAUCCAUCCAGAUCACCAGUCAAAACCCAGGAGGUUCAUAUCACAUUUGAUUACACCCAGAACUUGGCUCUCUGUACCAUUUCCAUUGGAUCAGUUGUAUCAUCAGUUCAGACCUUUUGAGACGGGGUGGUUUUCCAAAAUCGUUGGUGGAGGGAGAAGGAAAGUAGCUUGGCUUGAAGGCCUCCAACUCAACCGUUCAACUGGACCAGUGGUGGGAUUCAAAUUUUUUUUACUACCGGUUCUCCAUUCCCUCCCCACUCGGAGCUAUUCAAACUUUCCACCACCGGUUCUUCAGAACUAGUCAGAACCUGCUGAAUGCCACCUCUGAACCGGACCUCCUGAAUUUCAUUUUUCAGAAAUUCAGUGGCUGGAGCUUUGAAUCAAAUGGGCAAAUGGAAGAAGCCAUAAGGUUCCCCAGUUUUGGGGGGGUCCGUUGCCCCUCACAUUUAGGGUUCAGCCAUUUUGUCACUCGUAGUGCUCUUUCAGCUUGCUGGUUUUCUUGUAGACGUUUCAUGAC